CUGUAGUAGUCUGCCUCUACUCUGAAUUUCUGAUGCCAGUGUUGAACAAACAUCCACACGGGAGACAUCGAUUCGUGCCGUCAUUCCUUUGUGUGUGUAUGUGUGUGUGUGUCUCUCUUCUUCCUUUCAAUCUCAACAAAUAUUUUUAUAAAAAAAAGAAGAAUAUUAAGUUUAUCGAUAGUCAAAAAAAAUGUCUCAUCUGAUUAGAUGACACAUAUACAAUUCAUUCAUAAAUUAUAUUUUUUACUCAGCCCUACAAAUAUGGAGGAAGAAACUUCCUGGAUUCCCCUUUGAGAGAGUGCCGACUUGCCCAUAAGCAAGGAGCCUAAUCAAUAGUCUGAUAGUCUCGCAGGAUAUUCACAUCAAGUGUUUUAUUGUGCCUUUUUGAUAUUAUUACAUUCAAAAAUAAAAUACUCUGAAAUGUCGCAGAGCAGAGAAUAGUCAAAAGACAAAGAAGCUGCUAAUUGAGAAUGUAACUGAAAAAUAGAAUCCGGGCCAAUGUCCUCUACUGAAUAAAUUUAAACAUGUGAUAUAGUAUAUUUUCUAUUAUAUCAUACUGAUUUUGAAGCGAAUAAUCCGAAUUUUUGUGAGAAAAGAAGAAAAAAUUUACUACUUACGAUGUCAAUAGUGAAUUAUAUUAUCAAUCUAUUAUGAUUAGUAACAUUAUAAUCAUCCUCAAUAUCAGGAUUUUACUGUUUAUGGAAAUGUUUCCUUAAGGAUUGUUAUUCUUGAAGAUAAGUAGUUGCUAGGACGCCAUUUUGGAAUGGACAGACUUUUUACCAUCCACCUGUUCCCAACAGGUUUCCUCGAUUGAUAACCGUAAAGAGGAGAAUUCUUUUUUGUAUCCAGUAACCGUUGUGCCAUGUACAAUCCUCAUAUAAUCAUUUCAUACCCAAAUGGAUUAAUCUUCCUUUCAAAAAAUUUUUUUUUGAUCAUUUCUAAAAGAAAUGAAUCGCAAUUCUGAAGAACAACAAGACUGCAAACAACGAAAUUAAGAGUUGAUUUGAUUUUUCAAGGGGAUUUUUGAAGUAAAAAAUUUCGUGUUCCUUUUUUUGUAGCGUGUUUUUUGUUUAAAAAAAAAAAGUGUCGAUUUGUGAGAAAGAGUCCGUGCACGUUAACGUGCCGGGCAAAACAAACGAGAGAACUGAAUCGAUUCUCAGUGGGGAAAUAAUAUCUUCAUCAUUAUCAUCAUCAUCGAAAAAAGAUACAAUGCUGUGCUUUGUACAAGCUUUUGGAUCACGAGAGGAUUCAAAAAAUAGACGCUCCAAAAGGUCGGCUGGAUCAAUUGGAGCCCGUUCAGCUCCAAAUACUCCUCUUCAGGGAAAUGUAGUGGGGACGCCGCCAAUUGGUCAGACUCCGUUUACUGGAAUUCAGCUUGCGAUUCCACCGUCUCCAAAAAGUCCUAGUCACUCAGGCUCAAAGAACAAUGAAAGCCAACUGUCGAAACCCUUGAGCAAAAGUACACCAUCUAUGACCGCUGAUGGAAGCCAAACGCCGGCCUCCAUCAGCAGGACUUCAUCAAAAUCAUCGCCUGCUAUGUCCAUUAAUAGUGCACGACAAAAGAAGUUUCACAGGCAUUUCAGUCAGUCUUCAAAAUUUUGUGGUCAGGUGGCGUCGGACGAGAGGGUCUUGAAUUAUUACAGUUGUGCACUUGUGGGCGAUAUUUUACUUCAAGGACAUCUCUAUAUAACGCCAAAUUAUUUUGCCUUCUACAGUAAUGUUUUUGGUUAUAUCACGAAACUUUUGAUACCGACAAUAUCAGUCGUGAAAAUCACCAAAGAGAAGACUGCAAGAAUCAUACCUAAUGCGGUGGCAGUAUCGACGGAGGAAAAUCGCCACGUAUUCUGCUCUCUAUUGUCAAGGGACACUACUUAUAAGUUAAUGAUCGAAGUGUGGGAAGCGGCAAUGGAAUCGUUAUCUGUCAUUGACGCACUACCGCUACCAGUCACUGAAGACAAGAUUGUUGUACCAGAGGCGUUGCUUGUUGAUGACAGUGAAUUAAAAACUGAAGAGGACGAUUCCAGUAUGUCGGAAAGUGGACCUGACAUAACAUCCAGGUCGCCAACGCUUUGCAGCGAUACUGAUGGUCAUUCACCUACAACUCCAAGUUUGCAGAGAUUGGAGCAAGAGCCUUUAUUGAAACAGAAAGUUCUGAGAUCAUCAAUGAAGUCGUCAUUGGGAUCAAUACUCUGCGGAAGACUUGAACCAGGAACUAUAAUUGCUAUCUUAAUUGCCCUUUUGGCAGCCCUUUAUGUAUCAGCCGCUCUAAUGAUGCUUCGUAUUGAUAAAUUGCACUCGGCGUAUGUUAAUCAUCCGCUUUCAACUACUGAAAGAUUUACUCAGGAUCGACUUUUACAGUAUCUUAACACAAAUUUAGAUCAAAUUAUUAAGGUCCGGCAAAGUUUGCAGACACUGUCACAACAAAUAGUCUCGAUGAAUCCUGACAACGAGAGCGGUACAACAGUCAGGCCAAUUGAACCUGAAGAAUCACCGAGUUAGCCUCCAACAAUGCCAAAUAUUGAAAUAUCACUAAGAAAGAAACUUGGAGUUCCCCCGCACAUCACUAGCGUAUGAAGCGCGUCGUUACUAGUAAAAUAAUUACAAAGAAACCUCUCCUCCAAAAAAAGGCUAAAUAUAAAGCAAUCUUUUUGUGCUUUCUUCUUAGCAUCUGUGAAUUUACAUUUAAAAAAAAAUGAAUCGUCAAAAUUCACUUCUGCUUUAAUGUCUUAAACAUUCAAAAAAGAAAAUUAGCAUCUAUAGAGAAGAUGAGGCUCACAAUUUUUAAAAUUGAUUGCAGCCAUUACUUUUCGAAAUAAUUUUUUAAGGCUCUGAAUAAUUUGAUUUA